AGCUCUAAACGAGACAGUUUUGCUGGGCUCUAAACGCGGCUGUCCAGACACUGCGAUGAUGCUGCCUGUGGCAAGAAUGUGCACCGGCCUGGCGGCUAGGUCUGGAGGCUUCUUGCGGCGACAGGCUCUGCGUCCAGCCCUGUAUCAAGCACAGCAGAGGUGCUUUUCUUUGUCCUCAGCAGCAAAGGUUGCAAAGGACCUCCAAGCUGAGAUUGGCCAUGAGGAGGAGCAGUAUCAGCAGGCCAAGGAGAUCAAGAAGUUCUUGAGCGGCACUAGCUUCAAGUUUGUCGAGACCGAGGGAGACGUGAACAUGAACUUGGAGAAGGAGGUUGGUGACAUGCUGGUGAAGAUCGAGUGGCAGCUCACCAGUCCCUUCGAUCCCACGGCUGACGUUGAGGGCGAGCAGGAAGGCGGUCAGGAGUACGAGGCCACUGACUUCUGCAUCACCAUGGAGAGCAAAUCCAGUGGUGCUGGCGUGUCCUUUUACUGCAGCACUCAGACUGGCGAGGACCACCGAUAUGUCAUCGGCAACGUAAAGUCCUUUGCCAGCACGGAGGAGAAGAACGGUGACAGCUCGUACAACGGUCCCGAGUUUGAGGACAUCGAUGAGAAGCUGCAGGAGAGCUUGGACGAGCUCUUGUCAGAGGUGGGAAUGAACUCGGAGCUCUGCGAUUUCAUCGAUGCCAUGGCCCUGGACAAGGAGCAGCGCGAGUACAUCCGAUGGCUUCGAAACGUGAAAGGCUUCAUGGAGAAGUGAGCUCCAUGCUGCGCGUGCCCCGCCUCCAUUUUGACAAUGGAUUCGUUGACGUCUUGUGAGCUCCCCAGUUCGCAUUGUUCUUGGCAGGUCUCUGUCAGCUCGUAGCUUGAUCAAAGAAGUGAUUCUCGGAGAGCAGGAGAGCUCAUCAUUUCAGAGGCUGAUCCAUCCCUGCAGCUGGCACAUAGCCGGAAGACCGAUUAGAGCGGAAGCGGGACAA